AAUUAAUAACCUGAAAAGCUCAGAGGCGUUUCAGUACCUCCAUUCCGACAAAGUGGGCUGUGUACUUUUACACGAUAUGGGCAGUUUAAUUUACCUAAAAGCCGAUGUUCAACCAAGCCAGUCCGUUAACAAUUCAGCGCAUAACGCCUGGGUUUUGGUUACCAAGACGAGAGAUGUGGAGACUGCAGGCUGUACCUGUAUCGCCGGACCUGGACGUUGCUGUAGCCAUGCAGCCGCCGUGCUUUGGAAGGUAGAAAAUGCUGUGAGGCAAGGGAAGACAGGGCUUGCCUGCACUGAUGUGCAGAAUUGCUGGAAUGCCGGGACAAAAAGCAAUACUGGGCAGCAAAAAAUCAGAGAUGUGUCUUUCCGAAGACACAGCAGAAAUAAUCUAUACCAACCAGCUUCACAUACAUCCUCCUCCAGCAUAGUCCCUACACCUAGUCGCAAGGUAAAAGUCCAUGAGACACUGGAAGAAUGGCAAAAUUACUGUCUCUCCACACCAAUAGCGUCACUUUUUACUGCACCUGGCAGUGGACUAAUGCAGCUCACUUUUAACACCGGCCUCCCUGCUCAGUCUGCCGAGACAUCAAAAGCUCCACUGCCCCUACAUCAUGGUGAUCACAACACACAACUUGAAUGUGAGAAAUGUAGGGCAUUCUACACCACAUACAUUGACAUGACCACAACCCAAUUUAUCUACAUUGAGCAGCACACAAAAGAACAGAGCAGGGAACAACUGUGGCAUGACAUGCGACGGGUACGGAUAACAGCAAGCACAGCUAAGAAUGUGCCAGUUCGGGCUACCACAGCACCAGACAAAUUCUUGUCUGAACACCUCCAUCCUACCUUUCACGGUAACACGGCAACCCGGCAAGGAGCAGAGGGUGAAGAGCACGCCAGGCAAUACCUGCAAGACCAAGGUCAUGACAUCGAUGUGAAAGGUUUGGUGGUUUGCCCGAGUGAGCCAUGGCUUGCUGCGAGUCCGGAUGGUGUCAUGAACAGAGACACACUACUGGAGAUCAAGUGCCCUGUCUUAGUCAAAAACAAGUCCCUUACUGAAGCACUUGCUGCUAAAAGCAGUGAGAUCAAACGCAUGCCCACUGGGGACUUCCAUCUGUCCUUCAAUGGGCCAAAGGGAUAUUACAUGCAGGUGCAACUGGGCAUGCACUGCACAGGUCUACGGCAAGCCUUGUUGUUAAUUUGGAGUAACACUGAAUGUCUGCAGCUCAACGUGCCCUACGACCAAACCUUUGUUGAGGGACAUAUCUCAAGGCUACACUCCUUCUAUUUCACCCACAUGUUGCCAAAGGUUGUCGAUGACUUCGAUGAUGGAAGGCUGGAGUUGUGCUCCAGAUACAUGAAUGUUGUAAAAUCAGCAUGACCUGUGUUAAGGGUUUCGGAAAGCUCUCGAGGGAGGCCUCACUCCUUUGUUCUCGUCCCGGCCGGAAACGAGGAUAAGA